CAAAAGUCAUACUGGCUGCUCAAGGCGGAGCCCGAGUCCCGCUUUGAAAAUGGCGUCAAUGUCAAGUUCUCUAUUGAUGAUCUAGCCGCAAAGGAAGAACCAGAGCCCUGGGAUGGCAUACGGAAUUAUGUGGCACGCAACAACCUUCGAGCCAUGAAGAAGGGCGAUCUCGCCUUCUUUUAUCAAUCCAACUGCAAGGAGCCCGGUAUCGUGGGAACAAUGGAGAUAGUGCGGGAGCAUACUCCUGACUUAUCGGCACAUGACCCGAAGGCGCCCUACUAUGAUGCUUCAUCGAAGCCAUCAGACCCCAAGUGGAGCAUAGUACACGUUGAAUUCCGUAGCAAGUACAAGCGACUCAUUGGCUUGAGAGAGCUACGGGAAAUGGGCAAGAUGGGAUCUCCUCUUGAAAACAUGCAACUGUUGAAACAGAGCCGGCUGAGCGUCAGCCGGGUAAGUGAAGACGAGUGGUCAUAUCUCAUAAGUGUUGCGGAGGAAAGGGGCGGAGCCAGCAAGACGGCGUAG